AUGCAACAAAAAGAAACCAAACCCGAAGAAGACCCCGUCAGCAUCCGAACAAAAUCCCCAACACCCCUGGAAACCGAAGAAAAGAAACCCAUCCUACUACCUGAACCAUGUCCGCCCAAAAGAUUCAAAUCCUCGAUACUUGGAGGCGACGUACCUUACGGCAGCCGAGGUCACGUCCUCACCAGAGCCGAAAGAAAAGAAUACCCUCCAAUUUUAACACCAAAAAAGGUAACAUUACCAUCGAGUCCAAAACCUAAAGACGAAGACGUUUUGAAACCUCAAAACCUGGCCCCAAUAAGACACUUCUCAGUCAUCCAGCGAACACCGAAACCUCAAACAAAGCGAGACGAAGACACAGAUGUCCGGUUACCGCCACUAGUCCACCAAGAACCCGAACAAGACCAACCCAUUGACUACCACAUACCUAAACGACGCGGCGAAGUUGAAAACGAAGAAGAAGAACGACGUCAUCGAGAACAACGCCGAUCUCAUUGUUCAAAAAUCAGCAAACCUUUAAUCAAUGUGAGAUCAUUAACAGGAAAACUUCCAGUUCCAGUAACUUCUGCAGCUGCUGGCCAUGGCCGAAACACUUCACAAAGCAACAAUGCCUCUUCCAAUAAUAAUACAAACAAUUCAUCUAAUAGUGGAAAUAGUAUUAACUUUACCGGAAGUUCAUCAGGAGGUGGCAACAUUGGAGGUUUAGGCAGUGGUACAGGAGGUGGAGGCAUGAAUCCAGGCAGAGACGGCCGACAAAACUACGGCCCCAGUAGUCCUCCAACAGGCUCUUUACCACCCUUUUACGAAUCCCUAAAAGGCGGCAACAAUGGAAACAACUUCAAUGCAAACAGCUUUUCAUCGUCAUACUUAUUAUCCAGCCAACAAAACAUGGAUUGCGAUACUGGACAAGAUUUAUUAAACAUUAGUGGACAAAGUUCUCCAAAACAAUACUCAACCUUGCAAAAUGCCUCAUAUGGUAUUUCAAUGAAAGAUGAAGCAGAUUUGGAUUUAUAUGAAAACAAAAUGGAUCCAAUGAAUCAGCUUUUGCCCAAUAAUUAUCAUUAUGAUGAAAGCAUGAUGGUUGAUAUGGUUACAGGGGCUGUUGUAGAUCCUUUGCAGUUUACUGCAACAUUAACGUUUUCUAGUAGUGCUGAGCAUGCUUUGCUUGAAAGCCUUACAGACGCAACUGAUUUGUCGUCGUUUUUGCAAAGACUGCCCAAUGAGGAACCGACUGAAAAUGAAGAAGCUGUCAAUAAUAAUUCUGAAGCUACUCAGCUUCAAGUUGAUCAAAAUAUUGACAGUUUUAACGAGCAAAUGUUGAGUAGGGGUCAAUAUGAUACUGGUAGAGCAGGGUAUAAUCAUUCUCAGUUUUCAAAAAUGUAUCAGGAAUCGUUGCCCAAUUACAGUUCGUCGUUGAAUAGUUCGACUUCGGAUUCGUUGCAAGUGCAAAUGCAGCAACAGCAGAUGUUGUCGCCCAGUCUGAGUUUCAAUGAAUAUCCACUUUCAGAGGGAAACUUCAUUUUAGAUACCGAUGCCAAUAAUGUGGAGCUAGGCACUGUUCUGUCUCAUAUCCAACAGGAAGAGAAGAAAGUCAUAGGUUACUUCAGUAAAACUUUAUCAAAAUCAGAACGUAACUACUGUGUUACCAGAAGAGAACUUCUGGCAGUACUUAAAAGACUUGGUUUACCCAAUGAAGUCCAACUAGAGUUUGUUAACGGAGGUCACGGUAUCAAAAACCCAUUGGCCAAUCAGGAAACGAGCCGGCAAGGCCCCAGGACCGAAGACAAAGUAACUAAAGCGGCUUCAGUGACUUCGGAAGACGGCCAAACGACCUUUUGUUGUAAGGUACGCACCUGCAAAAUUUGCAACAAAACUUUCGCCCUCCAAAGGCUCCUGAACAGGCACAUGAAAUGCCAUUCGGACAUCAAAAGGUACCUGUGCACAUUUUGCGGUAAAGGUUUCAACGAUACCUUUGAUCUUAAAAGACAUACAAGGACACAUACAGGAGUACGACCCUACAAGUGCGCCCUCUGUGAAAAAUCCUUCACCCAAAGAUGCUCUCUUGAGUCGCAUUGUCUGAAAGUCCAUGGAGUACAACAUCAAUAUGCCUACAAAGAAAGGCGGACAAAGGUUUAUGUAUGUGAAGAAUGCGGACACACAACUUCCGAACCAGAAGUUCACUAUUUGCACCUCAAAGAAAAGCACCCCUACAGUCCUGCUUUGUUAAAAUUCUACGAUAAGAGGCACUUUAAAUUUACGAAUUCCAACUUUGCCAACAUGUUGUUGCAAGUUCGAACUUAAUUUCAUAUAAGUAGUUCAAUUAAUAGAGGUUUGUUCCAACCUGUCAAAAAACUGUCACAAAAACUUUAGGUUUUGCGCAGAAUCCUGACACGAUAAUAUUACGGUUUCUUGCUGUGUUGGAACAAACCUAAUUUCCGUCCAAUAAAGAAGCGUAUACACUCUUAUGUUUGUUCUUUUUAGUUGGAUCUUGUUUAAAAACAUCUCUUCUGUGAUAAUUUAUUUAAAUAUUUCGAUUUAUUUAUAAAUAUAAGUGCACUUUUUAGUAUAUUUAUUUAUAUAGGAGUUUUUUUUUGAGUUUGUCCCCACUGUGAGGACUCAUCAAUCAACAAAUUAUCGGGUUUUUUGUGCAAUCAAAUGGUGAAUGGAAACUGGGUAAUAUAGUAUAGGUACAUACUUAUAGAGUAAUUUUUACACUAUUUAUUUAUAUGGGACAUUUUUGUUAGACAACGUUUAAUCCUUUAACAUAUAUGUCCCAAAUUUGUUCUGGUGCUUCAUAGGUUAAUUUCAACUAUGGUGCUUCAGAAAUUUUCUAUUAUAAUUUAAGUAUUGACAACGAAUGCAAUAUUAAUAUUGUAAUUGUAAAUAUAUAGAAUUUCCUUAUUGACGAGCGUUUAGCCAGUGUGUACUUAACUUUAUUUUUUCUUCUUUUUUAUUAAUUUAUAUACCUACGACUGUGUAUUUAUGUAAUAACUCAUUUUUUUUUCUCUACUACUGUAUUUUAGUAAGACUAUAUAAGAGAUUUGUAUUUUGUAUUUUUUUUUCCUAAUGUUGUUAUACAAUAAUAAAUUUUUUAUGUAUUAUUAUUUUGGUUUUAUUUACUAUCCUUUGAUUCAAUUGAGUAGUGUUUUUUUUUCAAAGAUUAAAAUAAUUGACUUUUAACAUACAUUUAAAGAUAACUUAUUAUUAUGAACAUCUAAAGUUAAUUAACA